CCUUUUCCCCACAUCCCACCCGCUCGCUAUUCUCCAAGUCAAACCAUCAAACCAUCAACACGUACUCAUACAACCUGAACAUUAUCCCUCGACUUCCCAUGUGUGCCAUCCGACAAAACGAUUCAAAACAAAGCGCAUUGCCGCCAGAACUGUCGAUUAUACCCGAUCUUUCCACGAUACCGGUAGGGCCGAGCGCUUAUUACCAAUCGACAAAAUAGAGAAGCAUCACAUCACCGAGCUCGAAAAAGAAUCGUAUGGUCUUAUGCUUGACUCUAGUGGACAUAAACGGUGCUGAGAUGCGACACCAGUUCUGCGUGUGUAGCGCUAAAUAGGGCUAUUCUCAUACAAGAGCCAACACGCUUGUUGGAUUUCUUCCUGCUUCUUACCCGGCUUGGUUCCGUCUAUUCCUUUCUUUCCCGUCUUAUUCCGCACCGGCUGGCCGAUCGUGGGAAAGCCAACAAGAAACUCAACAUGGCGAUGUCGACCGUCGCCAGUCCCGCCAGCGCGGUAUACCUUCUCUUGUAUUUCGCCUGCAUCGUUUCCAUCGUAUCCGCCGAGGUAGCCACUACGAGCCCGAUGCAAACCUUGCCCGAUUAUUACGAACCAUACACUAUGGCCCUUACUCUUACCUCCGCGUCUGGUCCUAUUCAACUUGAUUACAAGGUUGCGCCUUUAACGGCAGAGGCAGGUUUGAACCAAACAAACCAGAAUACUCUGGAGGCAUUCAACGUUCAAGGCCGAAUGAUCAUCGUAGACCAAAGCAACUAUAAUCAACUUGAUGACGGUAUCAAAGACGCCAUGGCCUACAUAUCAUGCGAUGCGACUACCAACGACUCCUACAUCAGUCCUGAUGAUGUCUUGAAUUCGGUCAUGACUAAGCAGCCAAAGGCUAUAUUGCUAUUCAGCACUUCUGAGGGGACAUAUUGCUCUCUUGAGGGAUCCGAUCUUUCAUUCAAAUCUGUCUGGACUAUGACCGAUCAGUCGGAUGCUAUGGAGAUAAAAAACCAGACUGUCGAGUCUACCGUAAUUCGCGGGACAAUAUCGGGGGCCGAUGCCGAUGGAAAUACUGAUAUGGGUCAAUCACAGGGUGGGAACAACUCAGCAGUUGCAAUGAGCAUUCUAUAUAGUAUCACUGGUUUGAUUACUCUGCUAUUUCUCAUUAUUAUUGCCACCGGAGCGAUCCGAGCACACCGUCAUCCCGAAAGAUACGGGCCGAGGGCCAGCUCUGGCGGAAGACCAAGACAGAGCCGAGCAAAGGGUUUAGCGCGAGCUGUUCUAGAAACACUCCCUAUCGUGAAGUUUGGAGAUCCUCAGCCCGCAAAACCGGACCUGGAGAACGAACUUGAGAGUAUUUCGGGAGACCAGCAGCAACAUUCAUCAUCUCCAACGCAGCGCGAGUUAGCAUCAAACAACGCAGAGCAAGGCGCCUCAUCUCUAGAUGCAGCAGCAAAAGCUGUUUCCAAUCCUACCGCUGAAGCUCCAGGCGCUGGCAUGCCGGAAGAUAACGGGACUAAUAAUGGGCCAACUGAAGACGAUAACCUUGACUGUUCUAUCUGCACGGAAGAUUUUACUGUUGGAGAAGAUGUGAGAGUACUUCCUUGCGACCAUAAAUUUCAUCCCCAGUGUAUCGACCCGUGGUUGGUCAACGUGUCUGGUACCUGUCCUUUAUGUCGACUCGACCUCCGCCCACAUGAGGAAGGGGAGGAAGACGGCGAAAGCGUUUUGGCAUCAAAUCAUCUGGAUACCGCGAGCAAUGGUCCCGUUGACAAUCACUUAGCUCCUCCAACUGAGAAUGAGGUAGACGCAACACAAAGGCGACGGAGGUCACGACUCCUAGACUGGAAUGGGCUGCGCCAUGCUACUGUCGACGAGCGUAUCCAGGCCCUUAGACAGUAUCGGCAGACACAGGGAGCAACUUCUGGUGAUAAUUCGGCCGACGACCAAAAUCGACAUGCGAAAUUGUCAGACCGUCUACGGGAAAAGUUUCAUAUUCGUACGAGAGCUCACCCUCCGAGUGACUUACCAUCUACAAACCAAUAAGCUAUUUGAGUUCACACUGGCACUCGUUGGGAAUGCCCAGCCCUUAUAUUGUUGGGUUGAUAGAUUAGUGUACAGUUACAGCUGUAUAAGUGCGACAAAUCAUGCAAUAAGCGGGUUCGAUGUGGUUAUGAGGUGAUGAUGUGAGGAGGGGAGAUGUUUUACCUUGGAUAGAACGGCGUUAAAUCUUAUGUUGGGAGUUUGGGUAUCAGGACACGAGAAUUGCAUUGAUCGGCGCUGGUGGCUUUCGAGUUAUCGGAUACUUUUGCAAUUAGAUGAAGUUAGGAAUCGUGCAGGCGUUGGAAGCGAGGGACAUGAAACAGGACGGCGACGAGGUAACGCCGUAAGAGUACAAAUAUAUAAGUCUGUUACUCUUUAAACUGGGGUUUGCGUGCAAAUGGUAUUCAAGAGCAAGUAGGGUCUAUCUACACUAAUUGUUGAGGCAAUAGAUACUCUUAAUCUUCGUCUAAUACUAAUAAUCUAACCAUCCUCAUUACUUUUCUUAUUCGA